AUGGAAAGCAAACGUUGGGAAAAAAAAUUGAAUGAAAUGAUGGAAAAGCAUCGGAAAACUCAAGAAGAAAAUAGGUCUAAGAAGAGAAGUCAGAUUUAUAAGCAGAUGCGUGAAGUAACUGCAGUGCCAAAAAUCGAUGAAAUGAGCGAUAAAGUAGCAAUGAUUAUAAAAAUGAAAGAGAACGGAAUUUUAGAGCAAGAAGACCAGCAACAGCAGCAAGAAGAACACAAAUCGCAAGUAUAUAAAGCAACACUCCAAGCAAAAAAGCAAGACACUUCUCCUAACCUAAGGUCAAGCCAAAGAGACGCGACAACUGUAAGUCAAAAAUCAAAAUCGAAACUCGCAGAGGCUUCUAAAUCAAGGAAGAAGAAUGAAAAACCCAAGUUAAAAUCACUUGAUCUGUCUAAUAUGAAGUUAGAAGAGUUUAAAGAACUGAAAAAAUCCUUUUUAAGAGCCCAGUGUUUGCAUACUAGACAAAAUUCUGCUCAAGCCUUUUCUCCAAGAUUGCACAUAGAUCUCACGACAGGAGAAGCUUCAGAGCUUUAUAUAAAUGCGAGAGCUCCACAAACUGCAAGAGUAAAAACACCAUCAGGUUUCUCCAGCGCUGAAACUAUGCAGAGAGGUCUUCUGCAGAGCACUGAAAAUCAGCAAAGUAAUUCAAAAGAAACUUUUUAUGAAAAAAAUAUGAAAUGGGCAACUGAAAAAGAGAGAGGGUUAAAGACAGCCAGAGAAAAUAGAAAAUCAUGUGACUUGAGUGAAUGCACGUUUAAGCCUUCAAUAGAAAGACUGAAAUUGAAAGAAAAGCCUACGAAUUGCUCGAAAGAAGAAAAAACUUAUUCUGGGCUGUAUUCUGAUAGAAAAGUUAGGGAUUCUUCAAAAACGAAGCCAGAAGGAGAAAAAAGAACUAAUGAAAUUGAAUCGUCUCAAUUUUUAGCUACUAUAGAUGCAUCCGCAAUUAAACUUGCAAGUGAGUCUUUAUUAAAGAAAAGCUUAGCACCAAGCAAUAUUAAAGUCAAGCGGAAAGAAGGCUUCGAUUUGAAGCUAUUUAUGAAAAAUGCCAAGCCAAUGGUGAAAUACUCUUCUUUAAAUUACUUGAAUUAG